AUGGCCGGCUCCGACGUGUCGAAGAAAGUCGAUAAACUCAAACGUCAACUGGCGGAGGCGGCGGAACCCACUAAGAUUCUGAAAAUCUUGCAGAAGCUCAAGGAUCUGGAUAUCACGUUAGACAUUCUUGCCGAGACCGGGAUCGGCAAAAAGGUCAAAUCUUUUCGAGAACACAAACACGCUGGCGAGUUCGCCAAAUCCCUGGUUAGCUAUUGGAAGAAAUUAGUCCGUAAGGAAAAGAAGAGCCAUGCGGUAGAUGGAGUUGCUUCACGGAAUGUCCGGAUGAAAUCUAAAGCCCGCGCCCAAAGCUGUCCACAAAAUGGGAGUUUGACAGUGCACACAUCUAGUGACUGUUUAAAAUCCAAUGGCAAGACUAUGGAUACUUCGGGCAAGGCGCUCGCGACAAAGAAGAUCGGAAAACAUUCGUCAGAGAAGAAACGGUCGCGUGAGAGUCUGCAUACAAAGAAAAGGCACGAGAGUCUGCAUAAAAAGAAAAGACAUGAAAAGAAAAGGCACGAGAGUCUGCACAAAAAUGAUCAAAGUCAUGUGGAAAGGCGUAGGGUCUGCAAGAAUGGGGAUUUAUUCCAAACUGAAAACCAAGGGCGGAGCGAGGACGGUUCAGUUGCUUCAAUAAAAAACAUUCAACAUCACAGAAAUCCAGAAGCUGACGCGGUGCUUUGGAACAAAAGUGUGAGGGACAGCCCUCGUGAUUCAAGGCCCGUGUCCAGGGUGACAUGUCAGAGCUAUCCUGAGACAGGAAAACCUGCAGCCGGAAAAGAGCCAAACAAGAAAGUGCGGUCAAGUCAAAAAUCAAAAUGCGAGGAAUCGUCCUCAUCAGAAACCAACAGCAAGCAUCUAAAGACGAAGAGGGGGCCGGUCGAAGAGCGGCCGGUGUGUCUCAAGCACAAAUUGAAGUCUCGAAAUGAGGAAGAGCCACACGGCAAGCGCAAAAAAGCCAAGACGAAGCAUGAAGACAAACGAGGCAAAGACAAACUAGAGGAGCCGUCCAUGUCUUUUGAGUCCUGCCUAAACUACGACCAUGACGCACUGGAGAGGAAGGGUCGAUCUGUGGCCAAGAAACCUUCCAAAAAAACCAGAACUCAAGAAAGAGCGCUAACAACACGGCACGGAGUGAAAUCCACCAAGUUGCCCGUGGAGUCUGAAAAUGUUAUUGCCCCCAAACCAGCGCAGUCAAAUAAGCCUUUCGAAGAGACUAAGAGGUCUGCAAUGGACCUGGUCGGCGUUCCUUUGCCUGACUUUCUGCCAGAAUGUGAUAAGCCAUCCAAACUGGACUAUUUGGAGACGAAAGUAGAGAAGGUCGACGAUUUCUGUGAUGGGUCAGAGGAGAUGCCUGUAUUCACCGGUCAGCGAUCGUACAGAAGGAUGCAGGUCUACUCUGGUGCCAAAACCAACUCCCUUCCAACCAUGCUGAGUUUGUACCAACAGUGUCUCCGGGCGAUCCAAAACAACAUGGACUUGCUUAAUAAUACUGGAGGCGUGGCGUUCGAGAUCCUCGAGCCAGUGCUGGAGACAUGUACACCAAAGCAGCUUCUACAUAUCGAAGAAUGCAACCCACUCUACGUUGGACAGACUGAUCAUCUAUGGGCGAGACACUGUCAGAGGGACUUCAGGGAGUCCAAGCUUGAGGAGUACGAGUGUUGGAAGGAGAUGUACAUGCGGUUAUUUGAGGAAAGGGAAGAAAAACUCAACAGAGUGACAAAGAGCAUUGUCACAGCACAUUCAAAGAAACACAAAGGUCGACAGCUGAAGAUGACGUUUAGUCACACUGUUGCCAAGCCACCAAGAGAUGUACGGAUUCAGCAGGGGAUACCCAGAACUGCCGGCGCCGCUCAGCAGCCUCAUGAGUUCAGGUCCAGCGUCCAGGCUGCCGAAGGUAAAACGAGGCCUCCUUGUUCCGAGUCCCCCGUGCCCGGCAUCCCCAGCCCGAGGACAGGCGGCACACAGGACCCCCGCAAAAGAACAAGAGUUGCACCGAUGAUGGCCAAGUCCAUAAAGGCGUUUAAGAAGCAGCUGGGACGCAGAUAG